AUGUCAAAAGUGUCUCCUGAUAUAAUUUGCUUACGUGUAUUGUGUAGGUGCACGAAGAACUCUCUGUUUCGUGCAAGGCGUAUAUAUAAAGGGGUUAAUUGAUAAUUUGUAAUUUAGCAUUGUAAACACGCGUAUAUAUAUAUAUACUACUCAACACGCGGAAUAGUUUUGUGGUUUUCUUUUUUUCCAUUUCUACGAUCUCUGCAUUUCACGAGAUAAACAUGACUGUCAAAUUGAAGCUGAAGGAUGUGAAGGAUAAACUCAAGGACGACACUCUGGAUCUCAGCUUAUGCGAGCUGGAAGAAGUACCUGUGCGAGAAAUCGCGUCUCUUAGAAAAGCUACAAAUGUAAAUCUAUCAACCAAUAUUUUGAUUUCGUUACCGACCACUUUUGUUACUUUAAAACAAAUUGUAAAAUUGGAUCUUAGCAGAAAUAUGUUGGUUGAACUUCCAGAAAAUUUUGGUGAGAUGACACAAUUAAAACAUUUGGAUUUAUAUGCUAAUAAGAUUAGCAGAUUACCUUUGAGUCUAAGUGAAUUAAAGAAUUUAAGGUGGUUGGAUUUGAAAGAAAACCCUUUGACUGAAGCUGUAGCCAGUGUUGCAGGACCAUGUAGUAAUGUACGCGAAUGUCAAGUAUGCGCUCGUAAUAUUGUUACUUAUCUAUCGACUGUUAAACUUGUCAUAGAAGAGGAAAGAUUACGUAGAUUAAAUAACACAGGUGAAACAGAAAAGGAAAUGGUAAAUACAAAGAAGGAGAGCAAGAAAAAGAAGAAAAAGAAUGCAGAAAAAGAGUCCAAGUCAAACGAAAAUAAAACUGAUUCUCAAACACAAAACAAGAGCUUUCAAGACAAUAGCGAUAAUGUAAAAUUAACAGAAUUACUGUCUGAUAAUAUGUGCACACAUAAAUCACACAAAUCCACAGGUACUGGGUUAUAUCGAUCUCUUACUUGUAUGAUUUUUUGGUUCUUUAUAAUUAGCUUGUUACUUACUGUAAUAUUAGUAAUUCUUUCAUGGUAUUAUGAACAAGAAACAGAUAUGUUUCUACAGAAUGCACAAACACUGUCGGGUCUGCCAUUAAAACAUUAUCAUAAGCACACCACAGAUUUGUUGCAACAUGUAAUAAAAGUAACGACUGCACAGAUUAAAGUGAUUAUUGAUGUUGUAAACAAUUUUUAUAAAGCAGAAUUCAAAAAUAAUAUAAAUAAUGCAGGAAAAGAAUUAUAGAAUCAUAGGACGCUUAUUUUUUUUUUUU